AUGGCUACCAUUACUACUGAAAUAAUAAGCGAGAUCAGCGCUGUCAAUGACAACGUCAAUGUUGAGAUGGCAGCAACCUCGGGCAGCAAGCAUCUCUUGGCAGAUCCCGGUAACCACCCAGCAGAACAUUUCAAGAAUCGAAUGUCACGGUUGAGGUUCCAGUCGCGGGAAUACCUCACCAAAUUCACAAACAAUCAAUCAAAUUUCUUAUAUUCAUUACAAAAAAGGCAUAGAACACCGCUUAGAGAUAUUUAUUUCAAGUACACGUCGUUCAUGGGUGCUCAUACUUUCUACGUCAUCGCAUUGCCCAUGCCCGUGUGGUUUGGGUAUUUCGAUGUAACUCAAGACAUGAUCUACAUCCUUGGUUACUCAAUCUACUUGAGCGGGUACUUGAAGGACUACUGGUGCCUACCAAGACCAAGAGCUCCACCAGUGGAAAGAAUUGCGCUGAGUAAGUCCACUACGAAGGAAUAUGGGGCGCCCAGCUCACAUUCUGCCAAUGCUACCGGAGUGAGUCUUCUGUUCUUUUGGAAAAUAUGUAUGGCUGAAACACUAACGUGGCCAAUGAGAUUAUUUUUUUUGAGUCUGGUGGUUCUUUACUACUUGACUCUGGUCUUUGGUAGGGUGUAUUGCGGCAUGCAUGGAACGUUAGAUUUGUUUAGCGGUGCCUCUGUUGGGGCUAUCUGUUUCAUUAUUAGGAUUGGAUCGGGUUAUGUUUUCCGGAAUUUCCAUAGUGGUGAACACUUCUGGUUCCCCUUCUUGAGUGUAGCAUGGGGGCUUUUCAUCCUGUUCAAUCACGUUAGGCCCGUUGACGAAUGUCCUUGUUUCGAAGAUAGCGUAGCAUUUAUUGGUGUUGUGGGCGGGUUGGAAUUUAGCGAUUGGCUAAUCCAGAGAUACGGAUUGAACCUGGUAUGCAGUAGAUACACAGUGUAUGGCCUCAAAGUGUUUUUAAGACCUCUUGUGGGUGUCGCCUCCGUGCUCAUUUGGAAAGAUGUCAUUAGCAAGACACUAGUUUAUACGCUGCUAAUCAAACUACUAAAAUUCCGCGAUGACAGAGGUGAAAAGGCCCAUUUGCAUAACAAGAACAGGGAAGACGUCGAGUGUUCUCUGUACAUUGGUGUUCCUAAGAUAGAAAUCUUCGGGAGAUACAUCAUAUAUGCAGGUAUACCCGCUACCGUUAUUUUAUUGUGUCCAAUUUUUUUCACUUGGGCCAACCUGGGGUGA